UCAUAUGUUUCGCAAAGUGUCAUGAGAUAUUGAUGUGCGAGGUGUUUUUUUUACGAAAAUUUAUUCUGUUUUCCAAACAUUAAAUGCGAGUUAACAAAUGGCUGGUAAAAGCGUUGGUGGUAACAGUCUAAGCCUACUACUGGGUGACUAUAAUUCCGAAGAUAGUGAAAACGACGAUAAUGACAAUGCAAGCAAUCAACUGAACGAUAAGCUCCAGGAAUUCCUAUCUGACCUAAAUACCACCGUGACAACGAAUUGGACACAAUGCAUCGAUCAAGGUACGGGCCAUCCGUACUACUGGAACACAUUAACCAAAGACGUAACAUGGGAAAUGCCAGCCGAAUAUGAGAAAUUUCUGCAACAAAGUCUUCGCUCGAAAAACUCCAACAAGGAAAAUUCGUACACCGUUUGCUAUACGGACGAAAAUGUGCCAUACUAUGUCAAUGAACACACGCGCCAAGUGUCCUGGGAGAAGCCGGCCGGAUUUGUCGAACCGAAAGCAAAGGUUAAGGAGAAUGCAAAUAAAUUGAAAAAAUCGUCGAAGAAAACCGAUCGGAAUGGCCACAAGAAGAAAUCGACCAAGAGACAGGAUAAAUCAAGCAAAAAGUAUCCAUUUGACACUAACGACGAUCUGGACCAUGUUAAAAUCGAGGUCAUCAGUUCGUUCACAACAAAAUCAGAUUCCAGUUCCGAAGACGAAAGCAAAUCGAAGAAAGCCAAAACCAACUUCAAUUUGGUAGCCAACGAUUACAACAGUGACGAAAAUUCGGAUAACGAGAGUAAAACAGCAACCAAACCAGUUCUAUUUGCAUCACAUUCAUCGACAAAUUCAAUUGACCCGUCGACCGUUAAGAUCUACUCACUUAAAACAGAUCUGCCUACGGUAAAGAGCAGUCCUGCGGACGAAAUCGAAUCCACAGUUCCGGAGAAACCCACAAUCACCAAGUCCAAAGCUAAUACCUUUGCCAGCAUUAUAACUGGGGGUCGGAAUAGUCCUAGUGAUCAAGACAAUGAAUUGAUCGAACUGAUGAAGCUGGAAGUUACUGAAGUACAGCCGCCAACAAAUUCGCCUGUACCCUGCAUCGAUAAGCCCACAGAAAUUGACGUGAAAUCGUUUAAGCGAAAAAGACGUAUAGAAUUUAUGACACGACCAGUCGCACCGCUAGUAAACAGAUCGCCAGAGAACCGUGAUGAUGCUAACAACAGUGUUCCGGUGGGUACUUCAGAUGCAGAAUCUCCAAAUGCCGAUGCGACGAACACGGUUGACGCGUCUUCGACGAAACCGAUGUACUCGAAUUUCGUUCGUUCGGGUGCUGAACCGUCGCCAGGUUUAUCUGACCAGACCAACUGCGAUAAAGUUCCCGUCGCCGAUAGUGCGAUCACUGAGGAAUUGAAUAAACAAAAAACAGAAAUUAUUGAAUUGCGCGAAAUUAUUGAAUCAAAAUUGAAAUUUUUAUGCAAUGGUAGACCGGAUGUUUCGGCUGUUCAAGCCAUUUUUAUACAAUUUGAGACACUCCUCGAAGCCUACGACAGUCAAGCGUUACAACCUGCCUACAUGCAACGAUGGCUGGAUGGCAUAUCGUCCGAUUUAUCGACAUUGGAAAAUGAUGCUGCACCAGCCGGCUGGAAAUGUUUGUGGAAUAGGAAAAAGUCUCAGUACUGCUACAAAAAUUUAACAACCGGUGAAAUUCGAUGGGAGUAUCCAGAGAACGAUAAUAAAUCCGACGAAAUGGACAUAUGUACCACACCGCCUCCAAAUGUGGACGAACAAUUGAAAUUGGAACAGUCGGAAAAUCAAAAACUGAAUUGUGAAAACGGCGAUGACAAUUCAAAGCCGAAAUUCGAUGAAGAUGGUCUACCAAUUCCACCACCUCCACCACAUAUUUCGUUCGUUGACGAUGAACCUCCACCACCCGGUACAGAUAUCGAUAGAAACAGAGACAAACCAUCGGAACGAAUUAAUUUCGAACUGGCAUCAUUCUAUUCCGAAAUGGCAACGAUCGACACGGACUCCAUGCCCGCCACGUCCGAACAACCAACAUCAUCGUCAUCAACGGAAGCGGCAAAAAUUCCCAUCGAAAAUGCGACCGUCGAUGCUUUGUUAAAGAAGAAAAAGAAAAAAGUGAAAAAAUCGGAGCCGUGGCGAUCGGGCAAUUUGGAAACGUGGAUCAAUAAGUGGCAGAAAGCUCAAAAAGAAUUGGACGGAUGAAUUGUAUCGGUCGAUUUGAAUAUAUGAAUUUUAAGUUUAAAAUUGA